GAUUUUCAUUUAUACUUCACUGACAUCUCCGGACAGCUUUGGUCGCUAUUCCUCAUCUUAUACAUGUAAGGUUUUCAACGUCGAUGGCGUUUUCUUUAUACGAUGGAUCAUUCGUACUCCAAGGAAUGAUUCACAUGAUUUUGCUCGAUGGCUCUUGCUCAUUCUACUCUUUCCUCCAGAGCAAUAUGAUUUGAACCACAUACAUCGUGGUAUCUAAUCUGUUUUUGUCUCCAUACUCACGUUGAAUAACCCGUCCAUUGCUUCCAUCAUGUCUAUACAGCCAUUGCCUUCAGACGUAAUAGCACAAAUAAAAUCCUCUUCAACCAUUACUAGCCUUAAUGGUGUCAUCUUUGAGCUUGUUAAGAAUUGUCUGGAUGCUUGUUGCUCCAAGAUCGAUAUUGAUGUAGACUAUAGCCGUGGAAAUUGUACAGUAGAGGACAAUGGACUUGGUAUAUUGCCAUCAGAAUUCGGUGAGAUUGGAGGUCUGGGAAAGCUCUAUCAUUCUUCGAAGCUAAAUGCCUCGAAUCCAACUUAUGGGGGCCAUGGAACGUUUAUUGCCUCGUUAUCUGCUUUGUCCUUACUCUCAAUUACUUCGCAUCAUCACCUGCAUCACUCACACAAUUCGAUAAAUAUGCAUAGAUCCGAAAUUGUGUCACGCCAAACCCCAGCCCCCGAUCAACAUCAUCUUGCUUCUUCUGAACAUGGUACACGUGUAACUGUCAGAAAUCUCUUUGGUAGUAUGCCAGUACGUGUAAAGCAGAGAGCGAUUGGUUCUGAGAACCGGCAGCUUGUUGCUCAGGUGCGGGAUGGUUUACGUAAAGAUAUUGUCUCGCUGUUGCUCGCAUGGCCAAAAGAUGUAUCGGUAUCUAUAAUGGAAACUGGUACAGAACAGAAAUUUACCAUCCGAAGAUCUCUUACAAACUCUGAAUGGCGCCCGGUUGGUAGUGUUGAUCUUUUUAAUACUUGCAGUAUACUUUCCAAAGCCUCAUAUAUCGCAAUUGAUGAAAAGUCAUCCUGGAUACCUGUGAGUGGUUCCACGUCAAGCUUAAUUGUCAAUGGCGCGAUUUCUCUGAUCCCAAAUGCAACCAAGCACGUACAGUUUCUAGCAUUUGGGAUAGAUCCUCUGAUUUCCCAGGACAACUGUAGUUUUCUGUACGAAGAAAUUAAUCGUUGGUUUCUCAAAUCCUCCUUCGGAAAUCAAGAGGAGGUAAAUGAGUGUGAUGAGACUGAAUUGAAAAGGAGGUCCAAGGACCGAAGGUAUAAGGAUAAUGGGUACACCCACAAAGAGCUGAAGGGGGGGAGGAAGAGUGUUGAUCGAUGGCCAAUGUUUUACAUCAAUGUUCACCAGGUCGAUUCAUCAAACCAUUCAAGAUUCAAAUUUGACGACGUGUUAGACGAGAAGCGGAAUACUCUUGACAAUAUUCUGGAGUUUUUGCAGGCGAUUAUUGUAGAAUUCUUGGCCAAGAAUCAUUUUCGGCCGAAAUUGGCACGUGGGAACCGAUCUAAGAAAUUAGAUUUGGCCACUUCAUCGACAAAUUCAAAACUUCAGGAUCAAAUUGGACCAACUAAGGCCAACCGGCCUUGUCAAAAUAUGAUUGAUUCCUCAGCUACGCCGGAGUCUUCCAGUAUUGUCGACGAGAACCACGGCCAGAAAAGAGCAAGAAUAGACACGCUGGGAACGAAAGUAAAACUUCCUUCUUUUCGUCAGUCGCGCUUCGCGUUUGAUUCUCCUUUUGGGUCCUGGUCAAAAAUCAAAACUGGGAUUGAACAUCCACAUACAAAAUCUACAUAUAUGCCAGAAAGUUCAAGCACACCAGCACAAGUUAGCUCGAAGCCGCAGGCGCGAGCAGCAACACCUUUGAUUUCUAAAUCGGGACAAUUGAUUCGCUGCCCUUUCGAAGAAAGUCAAGCAUCAAUCUCCAAAGCAACACCAUUCGUUAAUGAAGUGCAAGAAUCAGACGCAAGUGGGGAUGAAUUGGUUGUAUGGGUCAAUCCUGCAAACAAGGUCAAAUCUCUAGUAAACCGGCGAACGGGCCUUGUGGUAUCCGAAAAAAAGGAGGACAGAAAGAACGAGACACAACUUGUUUCCAAUUCAUCUUCUCGUUUGAAUGUGGCCAAAAGGUCUCGCAUAAGCGAUAAGCAACCGAUUCCGUGGAUCGAUGACAUCUUGAACAGGUGGGAGAAUCCAAUUUUCGCUCCUGUUGAACCCUCAAUACCUCAAGUAUCCGUUGAUGGCUUAAAUCUGGAGACACAAGAGAUUAUACAUGGUCGUCAUCAAUAUUGUUCCCAAGUUGAAAUCGAGAGGGCAUUCAAAGAAACUUCUUCAGGACUUCAUGGGCGCAUUUCAAAGGAUGCUCUACGAGAUGCAGAGAUCAUCUCACAAGUAGAUAAGAAAUUCAUUCUAGCUAAGCUACAAAGGCGAUCUGUGGAUGGAAAGUAUUCAAAUACUCUUCUCGCGAUUAUUGAUCAGCACGCAGCAGACGAACGAGUUCGAAUAGAAGCUCUUUUGUCUGAUUUUCUUACAUACCCCACAGUCUCAGUAGCUCCAGCUUCAGUAUCAGUAGUCACUACCCCUCUUGAGAAGCCCCUCAGCUGUGAUAUCUCAACUAAAGAUUCUCAACUUUUUCGUAACCACAAGAAACAUUUUUCCUAUUGGGGAAUCAUUUAUUCGGUUUCGCCAACGGGUACCAGUAUCACCGUUCAACAACUCCCGCCUUUGAUAACUGCCAGGCUUGCUGCAAAUCCAAGCUUACUCCUUCAUAUUCUCCGUACAGAGCUUUAUUCGUAUCAUGAGCAUCCAACGUCGCAUCCUGCCAUCACCCCAGAAUCCACUUGGAUUGAGAGGAUAGCUCACAUCCCAAAGGGCAUCUUGGAGCUGUUGAAUAGUAGAGCUUGUAGGACUGCAAUCAUGUUUAAUGAUGAGCUUGGUGUCGACGAGUGUAGGGAAUUGGUGAAAAGAUUGGCCAAUUGCAAGUUUCCUUUCAUGUGUGCACAUGGGCGAGUUAGCAUGAUACCACUUGGGGAAGUUGGGAUGAUGACAGGAAUGAAAGUAGGUGGAGACCACUCUGCACAGUUUGAUCAAGGAGAAAAAGCUGGGAAUCAUGAUGGAACGUUCGGUGCUGAAUGGAGAAAAUGGAUGAGCCGGCGAGGAGGGAAUUAGUAAACAACUACAAGUUCAUCUUAAUAAACUCAAAAAGUGAAUUUCAGGAGUCUUAAUUCAUUUACCGGGCCUAGUUUAUCCGAGUUGGGGAACGCGCUAAGCUUGUAAAACUUAUUCAGAAGCUCGGAAACCUCAAGACCUUCUCGAUACAACAACGACAACAACAAGCCACGUUACAAAUACAACCACAUCUACGACUGCGACUACA